UUCGUCCAAUCACAUUGAAGCACUGGAGACAGCCAGCCAAUAACAAUCAUCUUCAGUACGUUUAGCUGUUCUGCGGUUGAACGACAUUUCAGUGAGUACAUGCAAAUUCCUUGUAUAUAAAAACCUAAAUAAGCAGCAGUCUGUCCUCUUCGUCAUGGCGUCUGGAGCUUUGUUCCCCAGCAUGGUCUCUGGGUCCCGUGGCUCCUCCAGCAAGUACCUGGUGGAGUUUCGGGCCGGUAAGAUGACCAUGAAAGGCAGCACGGUGACCCCUGACAAGCGCAAAGGUCAGGUCUACAUUCAGCAGACCGACGACUCCCUGAUCCACUUCUGCUGGAAGGAUCGGACGACCGGGAACGUGGACGACGACUUGAUCAUCUUCCCGGAUGACUGCGAGUUCAAGCGCGUGAGCCAGUGCACCACCGGACGGGUCUAUGUGCUGAAGUUCAAAGCAGGCUCCAAAAGACUCUUCUUCUGGAUUCAGGAGCCCAAGACUGAUAAGGACGAGGAACACUGCCGUAAAGUAAACGAGUAUCUCAACAACCCUCCAAUGCCCGGUGCGCUCGGUAGCGGCGGCAGCGGAGGACAUGAUCUGUCCGCGCUGGGAGGGGAGGGCGGCCUGCAGAGCCUUCUGGGUAACAUGAGCCACAACCAGCUGAUGCAGCUCAUUGGACCGACUGGACUGGGCGGGAUCGGGGGUCUCGGGGCGCUGGCGGGUCCAGGCUUGGCCAACCUCCUGGGCAGCGGCAGCAGCAGCAGCAGCAGCAGCGUCCCCGCUGCCAGUAACUCCUCCACAAGCCCGUCCACAGCCGUCACACCAACCUCCACCUCGAAUGCCAGUCGGCUUGGCUCCACCCAGGUCCCGACCACCCCCAUCACUCCCUCCGCCGCCUCAGCCGCCUCCCCCCCGGCCUCCACACCCUCCACCCCGGCCGUUCCCUCCUCCGCGGCGGCGGCGGCGGGGGCGGCGAGCCCCGCGCAGCCGAUCCAGCUCAGAGACCUGCAGAGCAUCCUGGCCACCAUGAACGUGCCCGCCAGCGGACAAGGAGUGGAUCUCGCCAGCGUCCUGACACCUGAGAUCAUGGCCCCCAUCCUGGUGAACCCCGAGGUGCAGCAGAGACUGAUGCCGUACCUGCCCUCCGGGGAGUCCCUGCCUCAGAGCACGGAGGAGCUCCAGAACACGCUCAGCUCGCCCCAGUUUCAGCAGGCCAUGAGCAUGUUCAGCAGCGCCCUGGCGUCCGGUCAGUUAGGGCCUCUGAUGAACCAGUUUGGUCUGCCUGCAGAAGCUGUGGAUGCAGCCAACAAAGGAGAUGUCGAGGCUUUUGCAAAAGCCAUGGAGACGGAGACAAAGGCGGACCAGGAUGAAGAUUGUAAAGACAAGAAGGAUGACGACGAAGACAUGAGUCUGGACUAAGAAUUCUUAAAGUUUAUUAUUAUUUAAGGUAUUUAUUUAGCUGCUUCACUUGAUUUAGAACUAUUCAAAAUUGAGGAUAAAAAUUGCAGCUCAUAGAAGGAAAUGUCACUGAGACUCAGAUGUUCACCAUCAGCGUGUUGCAUUAUUUAAACUGAACAUGUAACCAGCUGCUGUAACACGGGAACAGUAAAACGAUGAGAUACA